UACUGAUGCACACCUAAAUAUCAAUUCCUUGCCUCAAAAUCAAAGUGUCAUAUUUUCUUCAAGCAGAUCCUUCUGUUCCUUUAACUUCUGCUUUGGUUCCUAUGCUUGGUUUCAUCCAAGAUGGAGAAGAAGAAAGUCAUGGUGGUAAUUGAUGAAAAUGAGCAUAGCUACCAUACACUUACAUGGGUACUUGACAACCUCAAUGAACUAUUCACUACUAAAUCAUCACUAAUUAUCCUUGCCACACAGCCCAACUACAAUUAUGCAUCUAUAGCACCGCAGUUUGGUUCAGCUGGGUUGUCAUUCUUUUCAUUCGGAUCCAAUCAGGAGUUAAUUAAGUCUAUUCAACAAAGGACUAAUAGCAUAUAUGAGGGUCUCUGCGAGAAAGCCAAGAAUGUCUGUGCCAAUCGAGGGGUGCUUGUCGAAGCAUUUACUGAACCCGGGGAACCUAAAGAGGUCAUAUGCAACGCAAGUUAUGAGCAUGAAAUUGAUCUACUAAUUAUGCCUCAUUAUUGCAGUUGCCCUUUAAAAAGGAUUUUUUUGGAGAGUUUGAGUGAGUAUUGCUUGAGGAAUGCUAAGUGUCCUGUCCUUCUAGUGCAAAAACCGCCAAAGCUGCAAAGUUACAUGGAUAUGCAUACGACCACUAAGUUUGUUUGAUGAUUUCAACGUUUCAAUCAAAUAUUAUAGCAAGAAUGCUCAAAAGCUGACACUACAUUUAUCUCUUGGUUGUAGAUUCAGAAUUUCUCCGAUACAUUUGAUGUGCAUUAGAUAUAAACGAGGCUUGGAAACUUUGUAGUAUUAA